AUGUUUACCAUGAACAGAAUCUAUGAUUCUCAUGAAUUUCUUAACUUAAUUAUAUCGAUAAUAACUGAUGAAAUUCAAGCUAUUCGAGAGAAAAUUGAAAAUCAAACAACGUUAACCAUAUUUGAACAAUUAGAAUUAAAUCGUCAUCCAAUAGACAUAAAUAAGAUUGUUGAUCCAACAACGGCAAAUUUUCAAUUUUUUAUUAAAACUGAACGUACAUGUACAAAAUGUAAUUCAUCGACAAUCAGUACUGAAAUUCAUACAGCAUUAUUAAUUCAUGUGACCGGCAAUGAAUCGUAA